UGAUGGCAGUGCCUUCACCUGGAGAAGGUUAAUCCUCUUAGCCCGGGCCUCAUGUGAGCGUGUUGGUGCAGAUGUUAGACAGGUUACUGGAGACGGCAGGAGGCGCUGCUGCGGCUGAUAUUUUUCUCCCACAGAUCAGACACAGUCAAAAAUAACACACAUCUAACAAAGAGCCAUGGCCUGACUUUAGAGAUAAAUGGGGAUUUGGAGUGAGAUUCUAGAAGAAGUCGUGUUUAUAUCAUCUCAGUAACGUCUGUUAAUAACAAUUCAAAUCAUAAAGAACCUCUGAUGAAGGAGUAAAGGAGCAGGUUUGUUUGUUUUCGUCCAUCUUUUUCAUGCUCCUCCACUGCAUCCUGUCUUUGAAGUAUGAUGCAUUGAAGUACAGCUCGUGCAUCUUAGCACCGAGUUAAAUACUCAUUUGUGACCAUCCUUUGUACGAUCAAUAUUAUACAUGAAGAGAUCUGACGCUGAACAACGGAGUUGGGAGAAUGAUAAGAAUAAAAAUAAUACGUUUAAAAGUAUAAAUGAACGGUGACGUCCUGUGUUUCUGAAGCUACACAGCCUGGGUCAGUGAAGGCCUCUGCUGACCCCUCCUUUUUCUUCACUUGACUUAUUGAUAAAUGCACAUGACCCACAUGUCACAUUGCUAGCAGCUCAAUGCUUCAGGUAGAAUGUCCCACCUUAACAUCCCAGUUGUCCUGUCUUUGUUGGCAGAAAUCGAUCUUUUCGUGUUUUUCCGACCGUUCAUGAACACAUCAUAGUCUGUACAGAGACAGCGGGCAGCGGCAGCUCCCUGCGGAGCAGCGCUGCCAUUGGCCAGGGCUGAAGGAGGGGGGAGGGACUAAUUCUCUCCUCCUUCUGUAUCCUCCCUCCUCCUCUUUCUUUCCUCCCCUUCUCCUCCUCCUCCACCUCUCCCCCCAUCCUAGAGGACAGGGCGAUGCGGAGACAAUAGGACGCAGAACCCGCAGGAGGCAGCGCCAUGCACGGCUCCACAUCCGCACAGUCACCGCCGCUGCUCGGAGCUCCUUCCCCAGACACCCGGCAUCAGCUGACCCGAGUAUGAGCCCGAAUGUUCGGCUGCAGCCUAGCAGGACUGCAGGGCGGAACCAGCAGCAGCACCGACACAGCAGCAGAGCCAACGGGAAGUCAGUGAAGGUGACCCCUGGUGUUAGCCUCUGCAGCGCCUCUUCAUCCUGAGCAUCCAGUCAUCAGUUUUUCCCCUGUGGUCCGUCCUCUAAAAACGUCCCCCAGCAUGAGUUCUUCUCCACUGGUUUCCCGAGCCAACAUGGACAUCCUGGACGAGCUGCAGCUGAUAGCAGCCCAGAACCUGGAGCGGCUGGAGGUCAACAAGUACUACGAGGUCAUCAGGGAGCUGGGCAAAGGCACCUACGGCAAGGUGGACCUGGUCAUCCACAAAAUCAGAGGAACCAAGAUGGCGCUGAAGUUCCUGAAGAAGAAGACGACCAAGCUGAAGUCGUUCCUGCGCGAGUACAGCAUCUCCCUCUACCUGUCUCCCUGCCCCUUCAUCAUCAACAUGUUUGGCAUCGCCUUUGAAACCGACGAGUACUACGUGUUUGCACAGGAGUACGCUCUGGCCGGAGACCUCUUCGAUAUCAUUCCACCCCAGGUUGGUCUUCCAGAAGCAGUAGCAAAGCGGUGUGUGCACCAGGUAGCCAUCGCUCUGGACUACCUGCACUGUAAGAAGCUGGUCCACAGGGACAUCAAACCCGAGAACAUCCUCAUUUUUGACCGAGAGUGUCGUAAGGUGAAGCUCUCCGACUUUGGAAUGACUCGCCGGGCCGGAUCACCAGUCAAAAGAUUGAGCGGCCCCAUUCCCUACCCGGCCCCUGAACUCUGCGAUGCGUCUCGUCACGAGGGCUUCUGCGUGGACUACAGCACCGACGUGUGGGCCUUCGGUGUUCUGCUCUUCUGUAUGCUGACGGGCAACUUCCCCUGGGAGAAGGCGCUGCCCUCCGACUCCUUCUACCAGGAGUUCAUCCGCUGGCAGAAAAGGAGGACAAAUGUGGUGCCAUCGCAGUGGCGGCGCUUCACCGAGCAGUCGCUCCGAAUGUUCCGCCGACUGCUGUCUGUGGAGCAGGAGCGUCGGUGCUCCGUCAAAGAGGUGUUCGGGUACUUCAGCCACUCCUGGAUGCUGGAUGCAGAGAACAACAACAACAAUGUCAACAGCAACACAGCAAAUGGAGGCGGCGGCGAGAGGGUCAGCAACGGUGGAGGAGGAGGAGGAGGCGGUCAAGGAGAUACCAAUGACACCAUCUCCUCAUCUUCAUCCGGAGAGGAGGACGAGGAGAUCCUGGUGGAGAGGAUGAAGCAGCAGACGUUGUCUCCUCUGUCCCCGAUGUCUCCGAUGUCGCCGGUUGCAGUGGAGAGAGGAAGCGCCGGCGCAGCCAAGAGCGGGAUGAUGGAAACGGUCGGCGCCAACGGCAACCACCACUUCGUUCCCGUCUCCAACAACAGCUCUGUGUCCUCCACCAACAGUUACGACCGGAUGCCCCGGGACAACAGCUCCCCUGGUGGUCGCAUGUUGGUGGCCACGCCCAUCGAGAUCUGUGUGUGAGCACGUCACACUCACCGCGCCGCGUCCUUUUUACCUCUGUCAUCUCCACACUGAUGUGCAUGUCCAAAAACAGCAGAACUCGGACAAAGAGCAUCAACCUGUUUGUCGUACACUUGAAGCACUGAACAACUUUACGUCAUUUACCGUAGUUAUCUCUUAGGCUUCGCAACAGCUGCUUAAUCGUGGUCUUUAACUGGAUUUGCUCUAUAAGUAGUUGCUGUAUCCAACGUUUUGUCUGAUACAACAGCCUUUCAACUCCAAUACCUUACAUGUCCCAAACCCUCAUAGCAACUAGCGGCUACUGCUCUGAGAUGCUAACGUUUAUUCAAAUUAAACACAGAUUCAAUGGCUAAAAUCAGCGCCUACAUUUGCAGAACAUGCUAAUUAUGGUACAACAGCGUCUGUAACCUACGAUGUUAACUGUAACACAGUAGAUACUGCAGCUGGUACAGGCAGUGCACACAGAAACAGCUGACGUCAUCUAGCUAGUACUACAGAAUAUACACAUUAUUUUCAAUAGUUAGGUAAGAAUGGCUGCCCCCUGGUAGUGAAAAGGUGAAAUGCAGCUAUUUAACUUCCUAAGCAAAUCUAGUCGGAUGAUGACUGUUCCUCGAUAUAAUACAAUAAAAUACAUUUGUCACGCGUGUACAUUCCUGAAGAAAUUCAUAAAAUCCAAGACGCCACAAUUACUCUUUGAGUCAGCUGACGAAGUUUUGGUGAAGACGCAAAAAAA